UUUUCUACACCUUGUUGUCGUUCCCUUCACGUUACUAAAAAUAUGGCAAGGGAAGUUGUAGAUGUUGGGAGGUAUGCUCGGAAAUAAAUAAGAGCUGCGUUGCACACUUAGUGGACGGGUUAGCAUUGGCUGUACGCUGUUUACUUUACAAAGGGCAUUUUGCUAUGUUGCUAGCAAACCGAUCUGAGCUGGAAUAGCUUUUCUGUAUUUAAUUUUGCAGUUCAUGCUGACACUAGAUAACACAAGUCAGCAAAUUCGACGGCAGUCGUUAUUUAAGCGGAUCGUGUGUGAAGUUGUUAGGUAGCAAACGGUCACCUUUAACAAUAUAUUGAAAUCGCAUUGUUAAUAGCGUGUUGGUUGGUACGUAGUUACUAUUUUAAGAAGCUGUAAUUGAUCAGAGUGCUCUGGGUCUGUCAAGCCUAUGGAUCAAUGUGUAAACGUGGAGCGAGAGUUGGAGAAAGUGCUUCAAAAUUUCUCCAGCUAUGGACAACAUUGCGAUAAAGUGCUACAGGAACUUGUCGAUUACACAAGUGGGCUGAAGGACGAAAUUGUACAGGCUGGUGAAUUAGAGCUGUCAGGCACCCUGUCGCUGGUUCUGUCUCAGUGCUGCAAGCGAAUAAAAGACACGGUGCAGAAACUGGCCGUGCACCAUAAGGACAUCCACAGCAGCGUGUCCAGGGUGGGAAAAGCCAUCGAUAAGGUACGUCUGCCUUCGCACCAUUUUUCCAUCCUCAAAGACGAAUUGAGCUUGUCCUGGCAUGGAAGUGGACAGAAGGCAACGGUACCCGAUGAUCGUCAAGUAUGUCAGAGGCACGCAGUAAUCACCGAGUACUUCAUUCCGCUUACGGCGGCCUGUGGUGUGACUGCACUAUCUUCUCCGUCUCUGCAUGUGGAGAUCGAGGUGGACCUGGGUAAGCGUUGCUGGUACCACUCGGUGUUCGCUUGCCCCAUCCUCAGGCAGCAGACCACGGACAGCAACCCCCCCAUGAAGCUGGUGUGCGGCCACAUUAUCUCCAAAGACGCCCUCAACAAAAUGAUCAACGGCAGCAAGUUGAAGUGCCCGUACUGUCCAAUGGAGCAGGUGCCAUCGGAUGCCAAGCAGAUCUACUUCUGAGGAGACGAUGCCAUUUAGUCUGCAGCGAAGCCUCUAGUUUGGGGAGGAGCUGAUGAGCGGAGAAGCUUUGCUGUGUUCAUGUAAGAGUGAAGCGUAGUGUUCCUUAUUCAUCGAAAGAGUUGGGUUUCACAAGCCAUUACUGUUUGAGUUUGUAGGCGUGAUGACAGAUACUCGUUUUUAAUAAAACCCACCUGAAGAGCUUCGAAUUUUGAGAUCUGCAUCACUUUGCAUGCCAUCUAUUGUUACCACUGUCGAAUGUUUCUGAUUUUUUUUUGAGGAAUUGUAUAUAUGAAAUCGAUGUUUAGGUUUCUUAGGUUAGAUUAAGGGCGUUGGCUUCCUCUUAUUUUGGGUGAUGUUAAAAGCCAAAUGACAAACUGGGUAUAAAAGACUCAGAUAUUUAAGAUUAAGGUUGCUAAAAAAUUGCUAAUUUUUACCUGUUUUACUUAAAAGGUGUUAAUUGAGAAUAUUUUAGUUUUAUUGCUUCUGAAGGAGAUCUUUGAAGAUGGUUUAUUUAAAAAAGAUAAACUACUGAACUGAGAGAUUUAUAUAUGUUAUAUUGUGUCUGGACAGACAGGUUCUAAAAUGAAACCUUUCCAGUGUUGUUCAUGCUGCCUGUGACUAUAUUGUGCUGACAAUAAGCUGAAACACUUUUUUAUAUUUGAAAUAUAAGGUUCGGUAUAAUUUGCGGGGGAAUAUUUUGUAAUUGUUCCUGGGUCUGUUUUUUUUUAUUAUUAAAAAGUUGUCCUGGGAACCAGUUGUGGUGUGGUAAAUAGGGGUCACUGGCGUUCACUUUAUUAAGCAGACUUCGUUAGCAGAGAAAAUAGAGCUACGCCAUCAGUGGAGCAGCCAACCUGUCCAUGAAGCUUUGUUUUGGGCCGCUAGGUGGUGCUGUUGAGCUUGUUCCAGAUCAUGUAUGUUUAUUUACGUACUACAAUGUGUCAAAUAUUAGAUAUCGACUGAAGUACGACCUUAUGUUCUUGUCAUGUACUACUAUUUCUAUGAAUGAUUUGGAAAUAAAGACAAGGAUAAGAUUAA